AUGUUCCGCACUCUUCUUGCCUUUGCGACUUUUGCUCUCUGUGCUCCUGCAUUUGCAGCUCCUACGGAGGAGCGGCGCCAGACUAGCUGCGCUGAUGUGAUGGUUUUCUUCGCUCGUGGUACUACCGAGCCCGCACCCAUCGGGACCACUGUUGGGCCUGCUCUUCAAACUGCGUUGCGGGGUGUUCUCGGUGGUCGCUCUCUCUCGUUCACCGGGGUAGACUACCCCGCUGACAUUGCCGGAUUCCUGGAGGGCGGUUCACCUGAAGGAUCUCGCAAUAUGGCACAAGACUUGACCAAUGCUGCCAACGCCUGUCCCGAUGCCGCAAUUGUUUCUAGCGGGUAUAGUCAGGGUGGUCAACUCGUUCACAACUCGGCUGCAAUGCUCUCUUCUGCUGUGCAAGCUCGUAUUUCUGCUGCCGUUAUCUUCGGUGACCCAGACGACGGCGAAGCCGUUGCAGGAGUUCCGGCGAGCAGGACCGACGUUAUUUGCCAUGUUGGCGACAAUAUCUGCGAGCAUGGGAUUCUUGUCCUUCCCCCUCAUUUGAAUUAUCAACAAGAUACCCCCGCUGCUGCGAGCUUCAUCGCUGCUAGGGUCUAA